CGAGUCCGCCCGCGUGACGGCCACCUCGCCCCGUGCUCCUCAUGAAAGCCCGCAGAAGAACGAGGUCGAGAUCGCAGGAAAUGAAGAACGCCCACGUGAGGGACGCCGUGGCGCUGUGCGACUUCUUGAGGUUCCUGGAGGAGGAGAUCACCGCCGGCGAGAGGACCUGGACCGAGAGCUCCGCCGCCACGGAGCUCGAGUCCCUCCGGGCGGCGCAGAAGCACUACGUGGGCCUCUCCUUCGCCUCCAUCAGCGCCUACAGCUCCAACGGCGCCGUCAUCCACUACGAACCCACGGACGCCACGGACAGGGCCAUCGGGACGGACUCCUUGUUCCUGCUGGAUUCGGGCGGGCAGUACAAGGACGGCACGACCGACGUCACCCGCACGAUGCACUACGGCGAACCGACGGAGGAGCAGAUCGAGGCCUACACGCGGGUCCUGGCCGGGCAUGUGGACCUCGCCUCGGUUGUCUUCCCCGAGGGCACGGCGGAUACCCGGCUCGAUGUGCUGGCCAGGAGACACCUGUACGAAGUUGGUCUAGACUACCGGCAUGGCACAGGGCAUGGCAUUGGCAUGUUCCUCGGUGUUCAUGAAUCACCAACGCAGAUCAGAAUUUAUGGCACAGAAAGUCACCCAUUUUAUCCUGGUUAUUUCUUCUCCGACGAACCCGGUUUCUACAAGGAUAAUGAAUAUGGCAUCAGGUUGGAGAACAUUGUGGUCGCCGUGAGAAAGAACACGAAGUACACCUUUGACAAGCCCUCCCUCGGUUUUGAGCCAGUCACCUUGGUUCCUUUUGAGAGCAAACUCAUCAACGGUACUUUGUUGAGUCGGAAGCAGUGCGAGUGGCUCAACAACUACCAUGCAAACAGUCCUGCAAGUUGUCGGAGAGGAGUUGCACGCCAGGGAAAGCACGAGACCCACGCGUGGUUAGUGUCGAAAACC